CCGUCAGAGAUUCCACAAUUCAGUGAACAAUCUUUGAGAAUCUUGGCUCGUUCCCAUAAUUUUGCGGCACUAUCCCAACUUUCUGCAUCAAAUAAAAACUUACCGCUACUCUGCAAUCUAUCUAAACUUUUUCGGGUUUAAUUCUUUAAUUUCAAGGUAAUAACAAAUGAAGUUGAGUCCUAGAGAAGUUGAGAAACUAGCACUUCAUAAUGCUGGUUUUCUUGCACAGAAGCGUCUUGCUAGUGGACUCAGGCUAAAUUAUACUGAAGCUGUGGCCCUUAUUGCAACUCAGAUUUUGAAUUUUGUUCGUGUUGGAAACAAAAGUGUGGCAGACCUGAUGGACAUUGGAACACAGCUUCUUGGAAGGCGACAAGUCCUUCCAGCUGUUGUUCACCUUUUGCAUACUGUCCAGGUUGAAGGGACCUUUCGAGAUGGGACAAAGUUGAUUACCGUCCAUGAUCCUAUUGCUAAUGAAAAUGGAAAUUUAGAGUUAGCUCUUGAUGGUUCCUUUCUUCCAGUUCCAUCAUUGGACAAAUUCCCAGAUAUGAAGGAUGAAAUCAUCCCUGGUGAGCUGAGGCCGGGGGUUGGUGACAUCGCCCUAAACAAUGGAAGGAGAGCUGUAAUCCUCAAAGUCAUUAACAACGGAGAUCGACCCGUUCAGGUUGGCAGUCACUAUCAUUUCAUUGAGGUGAAUCCUUCCUUAUUAUUUGAUAGGAAAAAAGCUUAUGGCAUGCGAUUGAAUAUACCAGCUGGGACCGCAACUCGGUUUGAGCCAGGGGAUCCUAAAUGUGUUACACUUGUAAGUAUUGGAGGCAUACGAUGCAUUAGAGGAGGGAAUAACAUUGCUGAUGGUGCUGUUGAUGAUGCCAAUAUUGAAACUAUAAUGGACACGAUACACACUAGAGGCUUCCAGCAUUUGGAAGAAGAAAAUGCCAGUUGGGGAGUCACUGGAGAAGAUAUUAAUUUCACUAGAUUCAUGUCUCGUGAAGCUUAUGCAAACAUGUAUGGCCCAACAACCGGUGAUAUAAUCCGGCUUGGUGACACUGACUUGUUCGCUGAAAUAGAAAGGGAUCUUGUAGUUUAUGGUGAUGAAUGUGUUUUUGGUGGUGGAAAAGUUUUAAGGGAUGGAAUGGGCCAGGCUUCCGGGUAUCCAUCAGCUGUCUGCCUUGAUACAGUUAUUACUAAUGCUGUGAUAAUUGAUUAUACUGGAAUAUAUAAAGCAGAUAUCGGUAUUAAGGGUGGCCACAUUGUUGCUAUUGGAAAAUCUGGAAAUCCAGAUAUAAUGGAUGGUGUGUCAGCGAACAUGAUCAUCGGGGUCAAUACUGAGGCGAUUGCUGGAGAAGGAAUGAUCGUGACCGCUGGAGCUAUAGAUUGCCAUGUGCAUUUCAUAUGUCCUCAAUUAGCUUGUGAAGCGAUUUCCAGUGGAAUUACUACAUUGGUCGGAGGUGGAACCGGACCUGCUGAUGGAACACGUGCUACUACUUGCACGCCUGCACCAUUACAAAUGAAGCUUAUGUUGCAAUCGACUGAUGACCUUCCGAUGAACUUCGGUUUUACUGGAAAGGGAAAUAGUUCUAAGCCAGAAGGACUUCCUGAAAUUAUAGCUGCUGGAGCAAUGGGACUAAAGCUUCAUGAGGAUUGGGGAACCACUCCUGCUGCAAUAGAUAGUUGUCUCAAUGUUGCAGAAGAAUAUGAUAUUCAGGUCAAUAUUCACACUGAUACAUUGAAUGAAUCUGGAUUUGUAGAACAUACAAUUGAGGCAUUUAAAGGAAGAACUAUUCAUACUUAUCACAGUGAGGGCGCCGGUGGUGGUCAUGCUCCUGAUAUCAUCAAAGUCUGUGGUGUGAAAAACGUUCUUCCUUCUUCAACUAAUCCUACAAAACCUUUCACUUCAAAUACCAUAGAUGAGCACCUAGACAUGUUGAUGGUCUGUCAUCACCUUGACAAGAACAUUCCAGAAGACGUGCAUUUUGCUGAAUCACGGAUUCGUGCUGAGACAAUAGCUGCAGAAGACAUUCUGCAUGACAUUGGUGCUAUAAGUAUUGUAUCUUCUGACUCACAGGCUAUGGGUCGCAUUGGAGAGGUUAUAUGUAGGACUUGGCAAACUGCACACAAGAUGAAGGUCCAGAGAGGACCACUACUCCCAAGUGAUGUUCAUAACGAUAACUUCAGAAUCAAACGUUAUGUGGCAAAAUACACCAUUAAUCCGGCUAUUGCUAAUGGAUUUUCCCAGUAUGUGGGAUCAAUAGAGGUUGGUAAAUUGGCUGAUCUUGUUUUGUGGAAUCCCGCUUUCUUUGGGGCAAAACCUGAAAUGAUCAUUAAAGGAGGAGAUAUUGCGUGGGCUAAUAUGGGUGACGCUAAUGCUAGUAUACCAACUCCAGAGCUGGUGAUAAUGAGGCCUAUGUUUGGAGCUUUCGGGAAAGCUGGAUGUUCCAACUCAAUCGCUUUUGUCAGCAAGGCCGCUACGGAUAAGGGAGUAAAGGAACAAUAUGGGCUUAAUAAGAGAGUAGAAGCUGUGGGUGGUGUGAGGAGUAUAAGCAAAGAAGAUAUGAAACUUAAUAACUCGCUGCCAAAAAUCGUGGUUGAUCCUGAUACUUACACAGUUACUGCUGAUGGUGAGGUCCUUACGUGUUCUCCUGCUUCAGCAGUUCCAUUGUCGCGAAAUUACUUUUUAUUUUAAGCUAUUACAAUUUUCUUUUGUUUUUUUCCGUCUAGGUUGAAAAUUCGUAUAUAUACCAAAGUUGUCUUUCGAAAGAGGCCUUUGAAGAAAUGUAAAAGUUUUCGUGGUUGCAGACAAGAAAAGGCAUCUGGAUUAGGAAGAAUAAACCCGUGCCUGGGAGCGACAAAACGUGCCAUUGUUUUAGAUUUGUUUGGUGAUUAUUAGUGGAAAAAACUUUAUUUGCUGCGGUUUUUUUUGGCUAUAAUAUACUGCGGAUUUUUGGCCAUAAUAUGCUGCGGUUUUGGCCCGCAGCAAUAGUGAUAGCAACAAAUGGCUUAUUUUAAAUGCUGCAGUUUAAAACCGCAGCAAAAAAAAAGGCUAUUUUUUUUCUUUUUGCUGGGUCAGAAGGCUCUCCGCGUGUCGCGUAGAUUUGGGCGAAGCGUGGAGUUGGGUCUGUCUGCCUUCAAAUUUAUUCUUCAUUUUUUUUAUUUGCUUUUUUCGUUUAAUAGUAUUAAAUAAUCCAAUAAUGUACAAUGUAAUAAACAAUGAUUAAUCCAAUGAUAAUCACCAAUUAACUCCAA